AUGAAGGAUCUGGCUCGGGCCGUGAACUUUUUGUGCUGGUGGAUCGAGGAUAUCAUUGGGCGCGCAGAAACAAGGGAAACACUGGGAUAUAUCGGUGCAAAUGACAUCCGCUACUGUAUAUUUCUCCUUGCAUGCCAGAAAACUGGUCACCAGUCCUUCCUGCCCUCUACUAGAAACUCAGAUGAAGCUCAUGUUCAUCUUUUGAAAGCAACUGACUGUACCAAGCUCUUCUUUAGUGAAGAGCGAAGUACCCGAGUCCUUGAUAUCCAAGGGCUUUGUCCAGAUGUUGCAAUUUUCCAAAUCCCGACAGUUCAACAAAUUCUUAGUGAUAAAGCAGGAGGACUACAUCCGUACCGUACAAAUAAGUCGUUUGCUGAUGUUGAGUCCGAAACGACUUGCAUAAUUCAUAGCUCAGGGACCACAGGCAUGCCUAAACCAGUCUACAUGAAGAAUGGUUUUUUUGCAGCCAUGGAUGCCAUAGCGCUGUUGGAUUGGCCCGCAGACCGCCAGCCAAGCUCAUUUUUCUACAUGACCAACAAAGAUCCCGUGCUGGCUACAACGCCAUUUUUCCAUCUCAUGGGUCUAAUAUCUUUUGUAUUCUCAAUAUUUCAUGAGGUUCCUAUUGUCAUUUGUCCAGAUAAGCCACUAUCAGUAGACCACUUGGUCGAAACGAUGCAAAAUGCAAUGAAAUGCCUCCAAGAACUCAAAUUCGUAUCAUUUGGAGGUGCACCCUUAGCCCCUGAGACCGGUGAGCGUCUGAGAAAGUUCACACAAGUGUUCCCCGUCAUUGGAGCUAGCGAGAUUGGCUGGAUUCCGAGCUUUGUACCGGAAGAUGCUGCUGACUGGGGAUAUUUUGAAUGGAAUCCUGCAUACGGCAUUCAUAUGCAAGAUACUGGUGAUGGACUUUUUGAGAUGACGAUUCCACGUCACAAGGAUUCUUUGAACUUCCAGGGCAUUUUUCACACGUUUCCUGAUUCCAAUAUCUACCGGACAAAUGACUUAUACACUCAACAUCCCACCAACCCAAAUUUAUGGAAGUUUUAUGGCCGUCAGGACGAUGUGAUAGUUUUGAGCAACGGCGAGAAGUUCAACCCAGUCACAAUGGAAACAAUAAUCGAAGGACAUCCACUGAUUUCAGGAGUAGUUCUUGUUGGCCAGUCCAGAUUCCAAGCAGCUCUUCUGGUUGAGCCCAGCCACGAUGCUCCAGAGAUGGACUCCAAAAUUUUUCUUGAAGAAAUAUGGCCCACAGUUCAGACUGCUAACCAGUCCAUUGCAGCCCAUGGCCGAAUCAUGAAGAGCAAGAUUGGAUUUGCGUCGAAGUCCAAACCAUUCAAGAGAACCCCAAAAGGAACAGUACAAAGACGGGCGGUACUUCGAGAUUACGAGAAAGAAAUCAAUGCCAUUUAUGAGGCUGCGUUAGAAGAUGAUUUCACUCAUGCUCUUCCAAAGGCCCUCGAUUUGGCAAGCAUUACCGAGUAUACUCGUGAAAUCAUUGUGAGGGUUUUGGAAAAGCCUGAUAUCUCUAUUGACCAGGAUCUUUACUCCGCCGGCCUUGACUCUUUAAUGACCAUUCAAGUGGCUAGAGCGUUGCAAAAAGGGCUACAACAGCGCCAAACGGAAGUCAGACCAGAUGCUGUCACCUCCCAGAAAGUGUAUGCCCAUCCGACAAUCAGACGUUUGGCCCAGUUCCUCCACAAAAUAGCCGAAGGAAAGCUUCAUGAGGAGGUCUCAAGAGAAGAGAAAAUCAGAAUGCUGGUGGAAAAGUAUACUGCCGAUCUUCCCAACCAGCAAAAUUGUUGGCAAAAUGGUCCAGAAGCUCCCUCCGUGGUGAUUCUGACUGGCUCCACUGGAUCGCUUGGGACAUAUCUACUGCAUGAUCUCCUUAAGAUUCCGUCUGUUUCCAAAGUCUACUGUCUGAACCGCUCAGAUGCCGAGAAUCGCCAAAAGAAGAGCCUUGAUGAAAAGGGACUACUUGGGGACCUUGAAAACUGGACUCAUAAGGUUGAAUUUCUCCAAGCAUCCUUUGGAGAGCCAAGAUUUGGUCUUGUCCAUGAAAAAUAUCAAGAGUUGCUGGAUUCAGCUGAUACAAUCAUUCACAACGCAUGGAAGGUUGACUUCAACCACUCAGUUGAGUCUUUUGAAGAUGUCCAUAUCCAGGGUGUUCGUCGCUUUGUUGACUUCAGCUUGGAAAGCCGGCACAAAGCCCAUCUUCAUUUCGUAUCUUCUAUUAGCACCGUGGGUGGAUGGCAGCCCGAAAUGGGGGCUCUGGUACCGGAGCUACCUAUGGAAGACGUCUCUGUGGUUCUCCCUCAAGGGUAUGGCGAGUCCAAGCACGUCUCAGAACGUAUUUGCCUAGAAGCUUCUCGACAAUCUGGCAUUCCUACAACUGUGUAUCGUGUCGGUCAAAUAGCCGGUCCAACCACCCCUAACGGCCAAUGGAACUCUCACGAAUGGCUUCCAACGAUUAUUACCACAUCGAAAGCAAUGGGUAAGAUUCCAAAUAAGUUGGGAUCUAUGGUAGUGGACUGGGUUCCAGUGGAUACAUUGUCUUCAAUUAUGGUCGAGAUAAUUCACGACCGCCACGGUGAUAAAUCGGAAGUUCCUGUGGCAACAUUCCAUCUCACAAAUUCUGAGACAGCAUCAUGGUCAUCAUUGAUCCCUGCGAUUCAAUCUAAAUACCAUGUUGAUCCAGUGGAAUUCUCCACGUGGGUAGCAGAGCUUGAAAGCAUCCAGAAUCCAACUAGUGCAGAUGUGAAUGAGAAGCCCGCACUGAAGUUGCUUCCAUUCUAUCGUGGUCUUGUUGAGGAGGGCCAUGCAGCGAUGUCAGUACCUCUCGAUGUUCAAAGAGCGAAAGAUGCAAGUGCAACAAUGCGAUCGAUGGGUCCCAUCUCACCACAGUUGAUGCUAAACUGGUUAGAACAGUGGCGGUUUUAG